GCCGAGGCCCUGACACCUACCUUGAAUGCUGCGGUUGCAGCGGAGACAGAAGGCUCGGAGCUGCCCCCUCUCGGCCACCUUCCGAGGACUUUCCGGGAUAAGUAGGCCCUGAGCAGCAGCUCCCAGGGCCGGCGGUCAUUCCCGGAUUCCAGCAGCGUUGUCUCCAUCACCAUCCCCAGUUCGCAGACCUUGGGACCGUGUGAGCAAAGCCUCCCUUGCAACCCAUGUGCAUCAUCUUCUUUAAGUUUGAUCCUCGUCCCGUUUCCAAAAAUGCAUACAGGCUCAUCUUGGCAGCCAACAGAGAUGAAUUCUACCACAGACCAUCCAAGCUGGCAGACUUCUGGGGGAACAACAAUGAGAUCCUCAGUGGGCUCGACAUGGAGGAAGGCAAGGCAGGAGGAACAUGGCUUGGCAUCAGCACACGUGGGAAGCUGGGGGCGCUCACCAACUACCUGCAGCCCCGGCAAGAGCCGGACGCCCGUGGUAGAGGUGAACUCGUGACUCACUUUCUGACCAGUGACAUGGACAGCCUGUCCUACCUGAAGAAAGUCUCUACGGAGGGCCACCUGUACAACGGCUUUAACCUCAUAGCAGCUGACCUGAGCACAACAAAAGGAGAUGUCGUUUGCUACUAUGGAAACCGGGGGGAGCCUGAGCCUGUUGUCCUGACACCAGGAACCUAUGGGCUAAGCAAUGCCCUGCUGGAGACGCCCUGGAGGAAGCUGUGCUUCGGCAAACAACUCUUCAUGGAAGUGGUGGAGCAGAGCGAGGCCCUCCCUAAGGACGCCCUUGUCUCCCAUCUCCUAGAUGUACUCAACAAUGAGGAGGCACAGCUGCCAGACCCAGCCAUUGAGGACCAGGGCCAGGAGUAUGUACAGCCAAUACUGAGCAAGUAUGCAGCUGUGUGUGUGCGCUGCGCCACCUACGGCACCAGAACCAACACCAUCAUCCUUGUGGAUGCAGAUGGCCAUGUGACCUUCACAGAACGAAGCAUGCUGGACAAAGACACCUCUCGCUGGGAGACUAACACCCAUGAGUUCACACUACAGAGUUAGCCCCCACUGCUAGGAUGCUGUGCCUCAAGGGCCAGCAUAGACAGGAACCUUCCAUGGCCACGCUGCAUGAAUCAGCCAGCAUCCCUAGGACCAGGACCAUCUGAUCUGUGUGUUACCCAUAUUUGACCUCAUACUCAGCUCAGGGUUUGUCUUUGUGCCAGUGGGGAAUGACAGAGUUGAACACUAGGUCUGAGUCAGGCCUAGGUGUGUCAUAACAUGUGACUGCACCUCAUGCUCAAUCCCACUGCCACCACCAUGUACACACACAUGUGUGUCUGACUGAGUAGCAGAGGUGUACCUCUCGCUUGACAUGUUUGGCCAUGGUCUCUUCCCUGAACAAACAGCAGAAGCAGCUUUUAUAGCAACUGGCCUUGCCUUUCCUGAAUGCAGAGCACAACUGUGCUCCAGUUCCUGGUAGAUAGACAUGCUCCUGCAGGAGCACUGGUCGUUAGAAACUGAAUCAGGCACAAGAAAAACCCACAUCGACAGAAAAUGGAGACAGUUGGAGAUCCUGUAGUUCUGAAUGUGUUAGGGGAUCCCAUGUGUGCUCUGUGGUUCUGCAUGCAUGAAGAUCCUGUGUGCAUUGGUCACUUCCAUUGUGUGGACCCUGGGAUCCCUUAGACCCCUGCUUGCCCAGCAGGCAUUGUGGGUUCUACAGGACCAUCUCAGCAAGUGGCUCAGUCGGCCCCUGCAUCUCCCAUCUCCCUCUUCACUAGCUGGACUUCAUAGGAACGUGAACGUGAGCUGUUGAUAAUAAAAUUUUGAGGUUG